GGCAGUUUAGAUUUCGAUUCAAUUCAGGCUAAAUACAAUUUCCUUUCUAGACUUAGUUUGUCAAUAAAUGACUGGAGAAAUAGAUAUCUGCACAUAAUCGAGGGCUUUAAAAAUAGUUAGAGGACAUUUAUCUCCAACUCAGACAAUUAGAGAUACUUCAUGCUGUUUUCCUUCAAAAGCAGCUUGUGGGUUCAGACAGGUUUUGGGUUCAGACAGGUUUCAAGUUUUAUCAGGAUUUUUUCCCCCCAAAAUGACCAAAUUUAGCGGCUGAGGGGAAAAAGGAAGGGGCCUGAGGCUGUUAGAAAUUGGGAGAGUUGCAGUCCAAAAUACCUGGAGGGCCUACGUUUGCCCAUGCCUGAUAUAUAUACAUGCACGCACAGGGAUAUAACAAUCUUGUAUAUACAGUAUGUGCUUAUACAGAUAUAUAUAGAUAUAGAUAUACACACAUACACAUACCAAUUUCAUAUGCAUUCAUAUACAGAUGAUCUUACUUUUCCUCAGAGCUGCUAUAAACAAACAGGCGCCCUCUGUCGGUAUGAAAGGCCCGACUGCGCCUGCGCAGAAAUGUCUGUCAAUGGGAGGGAGGAGGGGGGAAAGAUGUCGCUUCUCCUUUAAACGUGCAAGGCGGGGCGGGGCCGAGAGUGCCAGUUAGCUGGCCAAUCAGAAGCGCGGCCGCUCCGCAGAGGCCCCACCCCUUUUGCUUCCUAGAGAGACGGAUAGUGACGUCACCGUGGGCUCCGCCUCUUCCGCCGGUGCCAUUUCUGAGUGGAAGAGACCGGAGCGACGGAAGCGAGGUCUCCAUUGGAGCCAAGGGCGAAGAGGAAGGAAGAAAGGAAAGAAAGAGGGAAAUAAGGAUUCUAUGGAACCACAUCUCGGGUGCAGAAAGGAAGCCAAUAGUACAGGAAGAGUAAAUCCUCUCAAUGUGAUGAUCUUGCUGAAUUCUUGACCUCACAGAUAAGAAAGGGGGAAAAAAGAGUCAAGUAUCUGUAUUGACCCACAUCACUGCUGACAUGAAGGAGAAAGUAUCUAAAUGUCUGGAGUGUGGAAAGAGUUUCACUCGAAGGGAUUGUCUGCAGCAACAUGAAAGGACUCACACCGGGGAGAAGCCCUACAAAUGCCUACAGUGUGAAAAGAGCUUUGCUAACAGUGGAGGUUUACAUUUACAUCAAAGAACUCACACUGGGGAGAAACCCUAUACAUGCCUGCAGUGUGGAAAGACCUUCACUUAUAGUUCAAAUCUACGUUCACAUCAAAAAACUCACACUGGUGAGAAACCCUAUACAUGCCUGGAGUGUGGACAGGGCUUCACUCAUAGUUCAGAUCUACUUUCACAUCAAAGGACUCACACUGGAGAGAAACCCUUUACAUGCCCGGAGUGUGGAAAGAGCUUCACUCAUAUUUCAAGUCUACGUUCACAUGAAAGGACUCACACUGGGGAGAAGCCCUAUAUAUGCCAGGAGUGUGGUCAGAGCUUCACUAAGCGGGAUAGUCUAAGUGCACAUCAAAGGAUUCACACUGGGGAUAAACCUUUUACAUGCCCGGAGUGUGGACAGAGUUUCACUCAUAGUUCAAAUCUACGUUCACAUCAAAGGACUCAUACUGGGGAGAAACCCUAUAUAUGCUUGGAGUGUGGAAAGAGCUUUGCUUAUAGUUCAAGUCUACUUUCACAUCAAAGGACUCACACUGGGGAGAAGCCCUAUCAAUGCCUGGAGUGUGGGCAGAGCUUCACUAAGCGUGGUGGUCUAAGUUUACAUCAAAGGAUUCAUACUGGGGAGAAACCCUAUAAUUGCUUGGAGUGCGGAAAGAGCUUUGCUCAAAGUUCAGGCCUACAUUCACAUCAAAGGACUCACACUGGGGAGAAACCCUAUACAUGCCCAGAGUGUGGAAAGGCCUUCACUCAUUGUUCAAAUCUACAUUCACAUCAAAGGACUCACACUGGGGAGAAACCCUAUACAUGCCUGGAAUGUGGAAAGAGUUUCACUCAUAGUUCAAAUCUACAUUCACAUCAAAAGACUCACACUGGGGAGAAGCCCUAUACAUGCCUGGAUUGUGGAAAGACCUUCACUCAUAGCUCAGAUCUACGUUCACAUCAAAGGACUCACACUGGGGAGAAACCCUAUACAUGCCCGGAGUGUGGAAAGAGCUUCACUCAUAGUUCAAGUCUACGUUCACAUCAAAGGACUCACACUGGGGAGAUGCCCUCUUAAUGCCUGGAGUAUGGACAGAGCUUCACUCAUACUUCAAGUUUACAUUUACAUCAAAGGACUCACAUUAAGGAGAAACUUUGUAUAAACACAUGGUGUAUGGAAAGAGCUUCUCUGAGAGUCCAAAUCUACAUCGAGUCAGAAUUCACAUUGGAGAGGACAGUAGUAUUUGACUCCAGAGAAAGAUUCUCCAAGACGAGAGUUGUCCAAACUUUUCUUUUUUAAAAUGAUAUUUUAUUUCAUUUUCUCAGUUUUAUGACAUCAAGGAAAGGGGAACAAAGAAAGGGAAAAAAGAUGGGAGCUAGUAAAAAAUGCAUGUUGGUCACAGAGUUUUGUUAGUAAAUUAAUUAAAUACAUGAGUCUGUUUUAUCACCAGGGGUGUGAAAAGGGAGAGCACUAUUGUACAUAUUCUUUAACAUAUAAAGGGGUUCCAACUACAGUAUCUUCUAUUCCAAAAGCAAAUGAAUUCUUGUCAUCUGGCAUUCACAUUGAUCUUUCUGUCUUCUUAUAUUGUCCCAUUGUUAUCUUUUCCUCUAAGCCUGUGUAAUAAGUGUUCCUUUUAAUUGUUUUAUCAGAUUAUUUAUACAUACAGUAGAGUCUCACUUAUCCAAGCUAAACGGGCCAGAAGAAGCUUGGAUAAGCGAACAUCUUGGAUAAUAAGGAGGGAUUAAGGAAAAGCCUAUUAACAUCAAAUUAGGUUAUGAUUUUACAAAUUAAGCACCAAAACAUGUUCUACAACAAAUUUGACAGAAAAAGCAGUUCAAUACGCAGUAAUGUUAUGCUGUAAUUACUGUAUUUACGAAUUUAGCACCAAAAUAUCAUGAUAUAUUGAAAACAUUGACUACAAAAAUGGCUUGGCUAAUCCAGAAACUUGGAUAAGCGAGGCUUGGAUAAGUGAGACUCUACUGUACUCUUAUUUUUACCAUAGUUUUAAUAUCCAUUGAUUAUGAAACGAAAUGAUUUUUAUGGAUCAGCCAAUUGGCCUUACUAAAACACACAGUAUAAACACAGUGUACGGUAUACAUCAAGUCUGAGUAAAAAUAAAAAUUUACAAGUAUAGAGAGAAAAAGUGUGAGUGGCCAACUUGUAACCAAACAUACCAUAAUCUUAAGUAUAUACAUCAAAUGUCCUCGUUCCCCUUACACUGUAUGCCAAUCUGAUCAAUAUACUCUAAUCUCCCUUUAGAUGCUUUAUAUAGAUAAAGGGCAACUUUUGUUGUUAAAACGGGGUAUAACCAGCUUGUAAAAAUGUUGUUUUGGCUGCUGUAUCCCAGCUCGUUUUAUUACAAAUAAAAAGACAUGACUGUU